CCGCAGAAGAGGAGGAGACCGGCGGGCCCGGGAGGAGAGGCGCGGUGGGGAGCGGAGCUAUGUUAAACCCGGGGUACCGCUGAGGCGGGGCGGGCCAGGCCAGAGGCGGGGGCUCUCCGGUGGCGGGCGCGCAGGGGCCCGGCUCCCGAGGCAGCGGCGACAGGCAGGCAGGCAGCGAUUGCGGCGCGGGAAGUGGCUCCGCAGCCACUGGGCCAAUGAACAUGUCAGUGUUGACUUUGCAGGAAUAUGAAUUCGAGAAGCAGUUCAACGAGCAUGCGGCCAUCCAGUGGAUGCAGGAGAACUGGAAGAAAUCAUUCCUGUUUUCAGCUCUGUAUGCUGCCUUUAUAUUUGGUGGUCGGCACCUGAUGAACAAACGAGCAAAAUUUGAACUGAGGAAGCCACUAGUGCUCUGGUCCCUGAGCCUUGCUGUCUUCAGUAUAUUCGGUGCUGUUCGAACUGGUGCUUAUAUGCUGUACAUUUUGAUGACCAAAGGCCUGAAGCAGUCAGUGUGUGACCAGGGUUUUUACAUUGGACCUGUCAGCAAAUUCUGGGCAUAUGCAUUUGUGCUAAGCAAAGCACCCGAACUAGGUGAUACAAUAUUCAUUAUUCUUAGGAAGCAGAAGCUCAUCUUCUUGCACUGGUACCAUCACAUUACUGUGUUACUUUAUUCUUGGUAUUCCUACAAGGACAUGGUGGCUGGUGGGGGCUGGUUCAUGACCAUGAACUACGGAGUGCACGCCGUUAUGUACUCGUACUAUGCCUUGCGGGCUGCUGGCUUCAGAGUCUCACGCAAGUUUGCCAUGUUCAUCACCUUGUCGCAGAUCACUCAGAUGCUGAUCGGUUGCGUGGUCAAUUACCUGGUCUUCUCCUGGAUGCAGCAGGGCCAGUGCCAUUCCCACGUGCAGAACAUCAUCUGGUCCUCUCUCAUGUACCUCAGCUACUUUGUGCUCUUCUGCCAUUUCUUCUUUGAGGCCUAUAUUGGCAAAACCAGAAAAGAAAGGAAGGUUGACUAGUGGUAGAAAUGAGAAGCCAUAGCUCAGGGUCAUCAAGAAAAACAAAAUCACAAGAAAAGAAAAUGGCACAAGGAAUCACAUAUAUGUAUGGUGCAGCUAAAACUUGGCAGCUUAGGGAAAGUUAGCUUGGUUUAACCCAGUAAGUUUAUGAUCCUAUCAUGGUGAGGACUCACUGAAUUCUACUCUAUCUCAAAGGACUGCUGAUGAAAGACAACUUCCUUCUUGUACCUGUCUGCUCAAGAAAAGAAAGGAGAAAAGAAAGAAGAGAAAAAAGGAAAGAAAAGAAAAGAGAAGAAAAGAGAAAAGGAGUAAUGGUGAUGGGAGAAAAAACCUCAAGUAUAUUAAACAAGCAGUAUGUUUCCCUGUGCUGGAGGAGAGACUUUAUUUAAAAAAGCAAACAAACAAACAAAAGUUUCCAAAUCCUUUCUAAUAAAUUUUCAGCAUUAAACUUGAACAAAGCAAAGCAGAGAGGUGACCAAAAAAAUUACAAAUCGAAUCCAUCUGUGAUAACAAGAAGAUUGCCAAAUUAAAAUCUUUUCCACAGAGGGUUGAUACCUUUAGCCAAAAUGAAACCCAAAAGGAAAUUUCCUGCGUGGAAAAGUGGCUGCACUCCACACUGUGGUCACGAGUGGAAAAGAGAUUGAUUUCUCUGCUAUGUACUCUGGGAUGCAGAGUUGCCUCCCUCAGCAUGUGAAAAGGAGCAGUACUUUUACAAGAGUUUAACGUGCAAAGGUGCACUGUUGCAAUACAUAUAUCAGAGAGUGCAUUUUCCAAGUGCACUUUCCAGUGGAAGGCAAGGGAUUUCUGCAGCAGGAUAAGUCAUAGAGGGUUAAAUCAAUCAACAUUUGCUAAAUUACCCGGGGCUAAUAGCAGAGGGAUGUUCAGGAAGGAGAGGGAGACAACCCCCCUCAUGUGAUUUUUAGGAAUCGCCUGCUAAUCUCAGUUUAACCCACUGAAUUAAAAUGGGGGAAACAAAUGGGGGAAAUGGGAAGGAAACCUGCUUAGCAGGAAGAGAGUGAUGUAUCUGCCCACUGUUCCCAGAACAGAGCCCUGUGCUACAAUACAGAUUUUGGGUUUCUGGGGACACAGGGAUGCCUGCCUGGGUGGCAAAGAAGUGGCAGGACUAGGUGACAUUGGGUAACACUGUGCUUCUGCAUCUGCCUCCUGGGCAGUGCAGAGAUGUUCAAAGUGCCCUCCUCUGGUCAUGUGGAGAUACUACUACAAAACAUACUGGGAAUAGGUUUUUCUUGAGAUUCGUCUAGGGGAAAAAAAAAAA